GCUGAAAGUGAGAAGGCAACAGAAAAGGCAAAAAAGUGAAAGGCUUAACACUGCCUUUUUCCUACUCUCUGAAAUUAAGCCAUCAACCCCCAAAGGGAACCCAGAAUGCCUCGGAAGCGCAGAGACAAUCCCGACCCGAAUUUCGACACCCGAUCCCCCGGCAAGAAACGGGCGGCUCCUCUGGAGGAAAAUGGAGGAGAGAAAGUGCCAAUUGUAACUCACAAGAAAUUUACCAAGGGAAUGCCGGUUGAGGUUUGCAGUGAUGAAGAUGGUUUCCAUGGUGCUUGGUUUGCUGCAACCAUAGUGGAAGCAGUGGGGAAUGAAAAGUUCCUCAUUGAGUACCAAAGCCUGAGGACCGAAGAUAAUUCAGCGUUUCUGAGAGAAGAGAUUGAUACCCUGCACAUACGACCUAAUCCGCCGGAAACUGCUGUUGAGCAUUUCAGUUUGCUUGAAGAGGUUGAUGCUUUGUACAAUGAUGGCUGGUGGGUGGGUGUGAUCUCGAAAGUUCUUAGCGGUUCAAGGUACAUAGUCUACUUCAGGAGCACCUACGAAGAAAUCGAGUUUCAGCAAUCUGAGUUGAGGCUUCAUCAGGACUGGAUUGGUGGAAAAUGGGUUAUGUCUUCUCGGGCUUUAAAGUUGUGAUUAGUAAUCACUAAUCGCUGAUUAAGGGUGAAAACGAAAGAUUUCCUGAGACUAGUUGGAGAAUCAGCUACUAAAUGGUUCCUUGGUUGUUGAUUGCAUUCCAUCUCAAGACCUUGACUUGUUAUAUAUGGUAGUGGAGGUUAGGUUUCCUGUCUUAUGCCUAAACAUUUGUAUUAUCCAGUGAUCAUUUUGCCUCAAGAAAGUUAAUAUUAGACCUUCUAAUCAAGCAACCUUGAACUUGCUCCAAUCAAUCGACCUUGAACUUGUGAAACCAUAGUCGGAAAUGUAAAAUAUUUUUACCGGCUAUUGGAAUUCGGCAGAAUGUAUUUUCCGUUUACCGGAUCAGUUGCUCUAGCUUUGUUUUUUGCA